AUGUCGCAAACAAUUUCAGUAUUAUCGGAUACGUUCCAAUUGGCGAAGGAUGCUGCUGACAGCUAUCAGACUCUAAAGCAAGUGAAGCAGGCGCAUGACUGCCUCCAAAUGAUCAAGGACGGCUACCAGCAGAUUAAAAGCGGUUCCCAGGUUCGGGAAGGACUUGGAACGGCUGUUACAGGCGUACGUAAACUAUGCGGACUUGGCAAAAAGUUUUUCAGUUAA